AUGCUCAGACAAAUCACCCCACGCAAUGCGCGCUCCAAGCGUGCCCUCGAGAAGCGCGCACCCAAGAACGACGAGAACCCCAAGACCUGUCUGUUCCUGCGCGGCACGUCAGCUUCCCAGAUCGUGCAGGACUGCCUGACGGACCUGCACGCCAUGCGCGCACCGCUCGCCAAGAAGUUCACCAAGAAGAACGACGUGCACCCGUUUGAGGACCCGGCCAGCCUCGAGUUCUUCUCGCGCAAAAACGACGCCAGCCUGCUGCUCUUUGGCAGCAGCAGCAAGAAGCGCCGCCACUGCCUGACGCUGUGCCGCACCUUUGACUACCAGAUGCUCGACAUGUUGGAGCUGUACGUGGACGAAACGACGGUGACGCGCAUCGGCCAGUUUGCCGGCGAGGACGGCAAGAAGCGGACGUUCCCCGUGGGCGCGCGGCCGAUGCUGUUGUUUGCGGGCACGCCCUUUUACGAGGGCGGCGACGGCAUCGAGGGCGGCCGCCGCGACGGGCAGGGCGGCGUGGCACCGCACGUGGCGGGCGCGACGUCGGACACGGGCCGCAAGUACGCGCUGGCCAAGAGCCUACUGACGGACUUUUUCCGCGGCGACAGCUCGCCCGACAAGAUUGACGUCGAGGGUUUGUCGCACAUUAUCGUGUGCACCGCUCCCGAGGGCAAAGAGGGCAAAGAGGGCGCCCAAGGCGCGGAAGGUGCUGCCGGCACGGACGCCGUGGCCCUGCCCCUGCUGCACCUGCGCGUGUAUGCCCUGCGCACCAAGCGCAGCGGCCAGCGGCUGCCGCGCAUCGAGGUCGAGGAGAUUGGUCCCCGGCUGGACAUGCGUCUGGGCCGGUUCAAGGAGCCGGACACGGAGAUGCAGAAGCAGGCGAUGCGCAAGCCCAAGACGACGGAGGCGCGCACCAAGAAGAACAUUGAGACCGACGGCAUGGGCGACAAGGUGGGCCGUGUGCACCCGGGCAAGCAGGACAUGAGCGAGCUGCAGACGCGCAAGAUGAAGGGCCUGAAGCGGCAGCGCGGCGAGGCGGAGGGUGCGGCGGGCGAUGACGAUGACGACGAUGCCGACCGGGCUGUGAUUGAGGAUGCCGGCGAGUUCACGGGUGUCACGGGCGUUGUCGAGCUCAAGAACGACUUCUCCAAGAAGAAGGCGAGACGGUCAUAG